AUGGAAAGUGUGAAUAGGAAUACAGGGUAGGAUGACAGUAGAAGAUUGACAAUGACAAAUCUAAAUUUGUUCGAUUAGUACCCUUUUGCAUUUUAGCAGAAUGGAUAAAAAAUUGAUCUCAAUGAUUCAUAUUAUCAAAGAGAUAAAUGA